UUACCAUGAAGUAUUUCACAGGUGGAUGCAACGAGGGGGGCUUAUUCCAUUUUCCAAAAUGUCUGUCCUACGAGGAGGAGACAAAAUACUAAGCAGAGGCAUUCAGAAGAAAGACAAUGACCCUCUAAACUGUACUUUUUUUACAGACUAGGAUAAUGUAUUAAAUGCUCUUUCAAGGUGGUGUUGCAGUAAUUAUACUUGGAAGUAUGCAAAUACCAGAACUGGAGCUGUGACUGCAUGGAUUAAGGGAAAGUUGGACAGCCAAAAGGCAGUGUUUAGACUUACAUCAGACAAGACAAAAUGGAGCUGCAACCUGUAGGAUCCUCUUAUAAACGCAUGAAAGAAGAUCAUGGCACUUUCAGUGAUGCUCCAGUUAUCUCUACUACUGAGAGCUCAGUGGACCAUGCUAACUUCACAGUGGAAGAUGCAGUGGAGACCAUUGGGUUUGGAAAGUUCCAGCUGAAACUAUUUGUACUCUGUGGCAUUUUUACAGCUUCAGAUGCCAUGGAGAUGUUACUACUGGCAGUGCUGGGUCCUGUGUUGAGAUGUGAGUGGCUACUCGAGGAAGUACAAGUUGCCUUUAUCACAACGGCAGUGUUUAUUGGCAUGUUUGUGGGUGCUCCAGGCUGGGGAAAAUGUGGAGAUACAUAUGGAAGAUGGCCUAUGCUGCUUCUUGUUGGCCUCUGGAUCAGUUUCUUUGGCUUCCUGAGUUCCUUCAGCCCAGUGUAUGGCUGGAUAUUGGUGCUGAGAGCGCUGGUGGGUUUCGGGAUAGGAGGGGCAUCCCAGGCGUUUACAAUUCUGGCAGAAUAUCUCCCUAGAAAGCACAGAGCCAAGACACUUAUUAUAUAUCAUAUUUUCUGGGCCACGGGUAGCUGUUUUGAGAUCAUCCUUGCCAUGGCUGUAGUUCCUACCAAAGGCUGGAGGUGGCUGGCUGCUCUGUCUGCCAUACCACUGGGGGUCAGCUGCUUCUUCUUUUAUUUCAUCCCAGAAUCGGCAAGAUAUUUGAUGGCUGCUGGGGAUCGCGAAAAAGCCAUGAAGAUUCUUAGGGAAGCAGCAAAGUUAAACAAUGCAGAGCUGCCAUCAGGAGAGUUACAGAAGUCACCAGUGCUGGCCAGAGGCAAAUUUGCAGAUAUAUUUUCUGCUGAAUAUAGAAGAACAACAUUUCAGAUUUGGCCCAUAUGGUUUGGUAUUGCCUUCAGUUAUUAUGGCAUUAUAUUAGCAAGCUCUGAAAUCUUAGAAUUUCACAAGUCAUGUACAGGGUCAGGUACAGAAGUGAUUCAGACAGAGCAAGGUUGCCAUUGUAAUCCACUAGGUCAUGCUGACUAUAUAACCAUGAUAUGGUCAUCUUUAGGGGAAUUUUUAGGUUUGCCAAUUAACUUAUUUCUGAUGGAUCUCAUUGGACGACAGAAAACCCUUGCAGUGAGUCUGGUCGGCACUGGAAUCUUCUUCCUCCUCAUACAGCUGUGCGUCUCCCGUGGUGUUCUGACCUUCUUCUUGUUUGGUGCUAGAGCCUUGUCUUCUGCCGUCUUCAACACUGUUUAUAUCUAUACAACAGAGGUCUAUCCUACAACUGUUCGAGCAUUAGGAUUGGGUUCCAGUAGUGCCAUGGCCAGGUUAGGUGCCAUGACCACUCCUUUUAUAUCACAGGUAUUACUAAAUGCCUCCCUAGUAUCUGCCUUGUGGGUUUAUGGUGCCAUUGCUUUCCUAUGUGCAAUAGAUGCCCUGCUACUUCCAAUAGAGACCAGGGGAAGAGCAAUGGCUCAAUCAACAUAAAUACUCCAUCCACCAGCCAAGAGAUUACAAGUCGUUCCCCUAGCGUGUUCUCGGGUGAGCCCCAAGUGAAUAUUUCCUGGGUUUCUAAAGACCAAAGAGAACCUGUGGAUUCUAGAUUUUAAACAUUAGAUAUCAUGUCACUUAUUAUUUAGGUCACAUGUUUGUAAAACUGUUCAGAACAUAAUACACACUGGUACCUUAUGAAAUAUUUAAGCGUCAGGGUGGUAAAAGUCUAUUCAGAGAUCCCAAUAAUUACAUUUUAGACAUUGUUUUUCUGUUUUUCGUGUGUAAGAUAAAGAUUGAUAUAUUUUUCACCUUAUUCAUACCUUUUUGCUUUUUAAGAAAUGAUGAGAUAAACGUGUGGUACAUUUUACAAUCUUGGUUUUAAAGGAACAACAAUUAUAAGAAUAAAAAUGUGACAAAAGGCCUUAGACAUUAUACUCAUAUAUUCUUUGUCUUUUCCUUCUCGUUCCAUUGUUCUGUAUAAAUUCUCAGAUUUCUUUGAUAACUUACACCCCAUUCCCAUAGACACCAUCCGUCUUCAAGGAUCAACCCAAAUCUGCAGGGACACUCACUAAGUGCAAUCAGCUAACUGAAUGACACACCUCCACUUGUUUCCAACAUAUUCUUAUAAUCACAAGCUUUUCUUUAUUCUACUUAACACCAAGAGGAGGCGUGUUAAUCUGUUAAGCUGAUUGCACUUAGCGGUUGUCCCUUGGUUGUUCCACAUAGACCAAUGGUGUCUAUUGGAAGUGGGUCUUAAAGUCAAACCCUGCCAUAGGAUAUGUCACUAGUAGUAACAUUACCUCAAACAAAUAUAGUUUUUAAAAAUAAUUCAUGAAUAUAUUAUAGUGUUUUGACAUGAUAGGGGCUCUGAUAUUAAAUUUAAUGAUAUUUUUUAAUGUGGUUGACAUGGUAGCUAGCCUGGUUUAUUCCUUAAAUGACCAGUUCUAUAAAGAUACAUACUGUGCUUUUAGGCUAUGUGAUUUUGUAUGUUUUCAGUCACAGUUUAUCACGUGCAGUGUGAGUAAAGGAGUUAUCCUGUUUCAGAUAUGAGAUGUGACAUUGUCAGUUUGUGGUGGCCAGACAGUUCAUUUACCGGCUCUCAUAUCAUAUAUGAAAUAAUUCGGCAUUUUAUGCAACAAGUUCUGUGGUAAAUGACAGGGUAAAUGAACCUAAGGGACCAUGUAUCCUUAUUUAUUUCUCUCUGUUAUGCAUAAUACCUGAGAUAAGAUAUAGAUGGAUGUUAUUUGUAGUCACUUAUUUGUUAGUUCUGUAUUCAGUGCAGUAGAUCAUUAAGUAAAUUAUUCACGAAUUAGUGAUUGUUUUCUCAGCCCCUUGAUUUUGCCGUAUUUGUGAUUACAAAGUGCUUGCAAUAGUUAAAAAAUUGAUUCUUACUGUGCAUAUGUAUAGUCUCAGUAGGUUUAUCGCUUGCUUUUGUCAACAUACAAAAUGGGAAAGAGACGAAACUGUAUUUUUGCCUGAGUUACUGUAAAUGUAAGCAUAAUAUAAGUCCAUUUUUAAAAAACGGUAUGUAACCAGUAACUUUUAACACAUAUAUUAAUAUAACAUCUUUAUUUACUCUGAUUUUGUUUGUUCCCUAAUCUAGUUUUUAGGGACUUCACUUUGCAUUCCCUGUGAACUCAGUGAAAGACAUAUGAGUAUAAUUAAAAAUAUGUGAUAUUAUUUCAAUGUGCUGCUACAUGUGUCUAUGUUUAUCUCUUCUAAACACCUUAUAUUUUGAUGACAAAUGUAAUAUUUCAGUUUAUGGGACCAAGUAUCACAUGUAUGCAAGAAUAAAGAUUAUUUCAUUUUA